CGGCACGGCUGGCUGCUUUGAGACCUACAUCGCCACUGUACUCAGCUUUAUACUCGGGAAAUUUGCUGGCUUGCGACGCCCUUCGUUUCCCCUUUCUUCAAUAGAACUCCGAGCAUUUUCCAGACUUUCGCUGCUUUCCGUGUUUUAAGACCCAAUAUACGCUUUGCAGUUCUCGUUCUCCUCUGCAUCCAGCUGCCGCCGUAUAUAACCAGUCGCACUCCGGUUUCGUGCUCGCACUACCAACCAUGAGGGUUACCUCCUCCCUGCGGAAUGUCUCCCCCUCUGUCUCGUCCGCUCUGAAGGAGCGUGUUCGCAGGCCUUCUUACCUCAAGAAGCUUGCUCAGCCUGCAGACCUUGCUCCUCUAUUCCAGAACGACGACUACAUUGGCUGGUCCGGAUUCACCGGUGUCGGAUAUCCCAAGGGCGUUCCGACGGCUAUCGCCGACCAUAUUGAGUCCAAUAAUCUUCAAGCUGAUCCCGCGACGAAGAAAAAGUUCAAUCUCUUCGUCGGCGCAUCCGUAGGACCAGAAGUCGAGGACAGAUGGGCACGUCUUGAUAUGAUCGAGCGCCGCUAUCCACAUCAAGUUGGCAAGGAAAUUGCCAAGGGCAUCAACGCGGGAAGAAUCAACUUCGCGGACAAACAUCUUUCAAUGUUCCCCCAGGAUUUGACUUACGGAUACUACAGUCUGAAGAAGAAACAUGGAGAUCCGUCGAAACCGCUGAACUGGGCCAUCGUGGAGGCCACUGCUAUCACGGAGGAUGGAUCAAUUGUGCCAGGUGCAUCUGUUGGUGCUACUCCCGAAAUUGUGCAGUGCGCGGAAAAAAUCAUCAUUGAAGUCAACACUCUCAUUCCUAACCUCGAGGGUCUUCAUGAUAUUAACCAGUCCUUCAUUCCACCACACCGCCAACCAUACCUCAUCACCCACCCGUCGGACCGUAUCGGAACUACGGCUAUUCCUGUGGAUCCAGAACGUGUUGUCGCCAUCAUUGAGAGCAGGCAGCCCGAUAACACGAGUAGCAACACCCCGGAGAAUGAUGACAGCAAGGCUAUUGCCCGUCACCUGAUCGAGUUUUUAUCAGACGAGGUCUCGGCAGGUCGACUUCCCAAGUCUUUGCUGCCCUUACAGUCGGGUAUCGGAAACGUGGCCAACUCCAUCAUUGGUGGACUCGCAGAUGGUCCGUUCGACCGGGUGCAGGUCUGGACUGAGGUUUUGCAGGAUACCUUCAUCCAUUUCUUCGAUUCUGGAAAGCUUGACUUCGCUACCGCCACCUCUAUCCGAUUCAGCCCCGAAGGUUUCGACCACUUCUAUGCUCACUGGGCUGAUUACAAGGAUCGUCUCCUCCUUCGUUCGCAGCAGGUUGCCAACUCUCCCGAGCUGAUUCGGCGACUUGGUGUCAUUGCCAUGAAUACCCCACUGGAAGUUGACAUUUACGCCCAUGCUAACUCCACGAACGCCUUGGGAUCUAGGAUGUUGAACGGUCUUGGAGGAUCCGCUGACUUUUUGAGGAAUGCCAAGCUCUCUAUCAUGCAUACGCCGUCGAGUCGACCAUCCAAGACCGACCCCACCGGUAUCAGUUGCAUUGUUCCUUUCGCUUCGCAUGUGGACCAGACCGAACAUGACCUGGACGUUGUCGUUACUGAGCAGGGUCUUGCUGACCUUCGUGGUCUCGCUCCUCGUGAACGUGCCCCUCUGAUCAUCGAGAAGUGUGCCCACCCCGAUUACAAGGAUCUGCUCCAUGAGUACUAUGACCGUUCGCUGCAUGAGUGCAUGAAGCGGGGUGCUGGUCACGAACCCCAUAUGCUCAGGAACGCGUUCAAAUUCCACACCAACUUCAUGGAGCACGGAACGAUGAAGGUGAAGUCCUGGGAUUAAUGGAUAUUCUGCAAUGAACGAUAUAUCUACCGUCGACGUUGUGAUAGCAUGUUGAAAAUUAUAAAUCAAUAAACAUUUGUACAUUCCAUCAUAUCGUUUAAGCUCGCAGCUGGCGAGUCUAGAGGAAAAUUGAGCUCCUAUGCUUUCUGCGAGAUUUUUUAAACCGUGGUGGCAGUGCUGAGGAU